AAUUCCCAGUGUCACAUGAACUCACCUUGAAAAGCCAAACGAGGUCGGCUAGCAACCGUUUUAGCUCUCAGCACCGGCCGAAGGUUCACAGCUAUCGCGUCGGGAUGGAGGUGACACGCAAAUCUUUUAAAGACUGUUUGAUCCUGGUGUACACCGCGAUAGAGGAGGCUGACUUUCUUGCCAUCGAUGGAGAGUUUUCAGGGAUCAGCGAUGGACCCAGCGUCAGCGCACUCACCAAUGGGCUGGACACGCCGGAGGAACGCUACACCAAGCUUAAAAAGCAUUCCAUGGAUUUUCUUCUCUUCCAAUUCGGGCUCUGCACUUUCAAGUAUGACCAGAAAGACGCCAAAUACGUCACAAAGACUUUUAACUUUUAUAUAUUCCCAAAACCUUUCAACCGGACGUCACCUGACAUCAAGUUUAUCUGCCAAAGUUCCAGUAUUGACUUCCUGGCCAGUCAGGGCUUUGACUUCAACAAGGUUUUCUGUCACGGAAUCCCCUACCUGAACCACGAGGAGGAGGCCCAGCUGAGGGAGCAGACGGAGGAGAAGCGAAGCCAGCAGGCCAACGGCGUCGGAACGCCGUCCUACAUCUCGCCGUCCUGCUCCAAGGGCCCCGCCCACGUGCCCGACGAGCACAAGGACUUCAUCAACAGAGUGGUGGAGAAGGUGGAGGCCCUGUUCUCAAGCACGGAGAAAACAGUCGACCUGGAGCCGUGCACCGGGUUCCAGAGGAAGUUGAUCUACCAAACUCUCAAUUGGAAGUUUCCAAAAGGGCUCCAUGUAGAAACCAUGGAAAUAGACAAGAAGGACCGCAUCAUCCAGGUCAGUAAGGUAGAUGAGGAGGAGAGGAAGAAGAGAGAGCAGCAGAAAUUGGAGAAGGAGCAGAUGCAGCUAAAUGAUGCCGUGGGCUUCUCCCGGGUCAUCCACGCCAUCUCCAAGUCUGGUAAACUGGUGGUGGGCCACAACAUGCUGCUGGACGUGAUGCACACCAUCCACCAGUUCUACUGCCCCCUGCCCAACGAUCUUCAAGAUUUUAAAGAGGUCACCAUGUGCGUUUUCCCCAGGCUUCUGGACACAAAGUUGAUGGCGUCCACUCAGCCCUUUAAGGACCUGAUCAACAACACGUCUCUGGCCGAGCUGGAGAAGCAGCUGAACGAAAGCCCUUUCAAGGCUCCUCAAAUCGAGGCGGCUGAAGGCUUUCCGAGCUACAACACAGCCAAGGAGCAAUUGCACGAGGCCGGCUAUGACGCCUACAUCACCGGACGCUGCUUCAUCUCAAUGGCCAACUUCCUGGGUUCUUUCCUGACGCCACCCAAAGCGUACGUGUCAGCUCACUCCAAACUCAUUGAGCCGUUCUACAACAAACUUUUCCUGAUGAGGAUAAUAGACAUCCCCUACCUCAAUAUCGCAGGACCAGACUUGCAACCGAAGAGAGACAACGUCCUCUACGUCACCUUCCCCAAAGAAUGGAAGACCAGCGACCUCUACCAGCUCUUCAGUGCCUUCGGAAACAUUCAGGUCUCGUGGGUGGACGACACGUCCGCCUUUGUGUCCCUCAGUCAAACGGACCAGGUGCAAAUAGCCAUGAACACCAGCCGCUAUGCCGAGAGCUACAAGAUCCAGACGUACGCCGAGUACAUUCAGGGCAGGCAGCAGGAGAAGGAGAAGCAGCCGCCCACUUCCAAGUCCUGGACAGAAGACGGCUGGGUCCAGCCUCACUACCCGGCCUCUGCCACUUCUAGCGGGUUCGGAUACCCCAGAGCUCUGAGGAAGCGCAGCGGCAGUCCCAUCCAGGCGGAGCAGGGAAGCGCCGAGGCCGCAGACGGCUGGAGUCACUACUCGUACUCAGACGGCACAGGGAGCAAGAAGAUGAAAACUGAUGAAGUUGUGGAGAGCAAAACGUCAGAGGGAUGGCUGAAGACCAUGGACGCUACCCAAUCGUCCGGGUCGAGUCCCGUCCCCGAGGAGGAAGUUGCCGCUGAUUUGGCAAAAGAGGCCGAGGGGACACUCAGCUGGCGGCAGGCCUCUGCCGCAGCAGCCGUGCCGCCCGCACAGAAAAGUCAGAAGAACAAAAAGAAGAAAUCGGAAGCUGCUGGAACUUCGUCAGCGUUGUUUGAGGUUCCCGAGGCGUGGUAGCAACAAAGUCGAGAAGCACUCGGGGGCUCGGCGUGCCCAGGAGAGCGCCUGCUCGCUUGCAGGUGCGGACCAGCACACAAACCCCCACAAGCCAUAAAGACGGUUCUGCUUUUCCACACUUCAUCUUGAAUUUCAAACAGUUCUUUUAUACUUGUGACGAUACCGGAAUGGAGCCGGCGCGGUCGGUCCCAAUAUUAUUAUUAUUUUUUUUACUUGUGUGUUAGCUCAGCUGCCGUAAGGUGAACAUGUAGUUUACACCAUCAGGGUUCAGCGUAAUGUCUAUUUAAAAAGCUGUCGGUUUUUUU